AAGACGGGAGUGGAAGUGCCAAACAAGUACCGGAUAAAAAAUUCCCUGGGAAACCGGAUAUACUGUGCGGAAGAAAAGUCUUCCGGAUUUCAAAGAGCGAUUUUUGGACCUUCCAGAAGUUUCAAGGUCCGCAUUUGCGAUAAUUAUGAGCAAGAAGUGCUGAGCUUCAGUAGACCCCUGAGGUGCUCUUGCUGUUUAUUCUUCUGCUGUCUUCAACUCCUGGAAGCAAGGACAAAUGCAGGUUAUCGAAUAGGCACAGUUGAACAAAGCUGGUCUUUACUUAGACCAACUUUCAUCAUCAAAGACGAUAUGGGAGUCGCCAAACUCAAGGUUGUUGGGCCAUGUGGCCGUGCUUGUUUCAGCUCAUCAGACGUCACUUUCCAAAUUUUCUCGAUGGAAAAACCCGGCGAGAAGCUCGGGAAAAUCGUGGAAAGACGGAUUUCGAAUUUGCUGGAGAAAAAUCGCACGGACGCCGACAUGUUCGGGGUUUCGUUCCCCAUCAAUUUGGACGUCAAACUGAAAGCAGUUCUCAUCGGAACAGAUUUUAUGUACUUUGAGAAUCGAGCGAAGAAGGAGAAAAAUCCUCCGGUCGACAAACGAUCUGCAACCACCGACAGA